AUGUGCUUGCGACAGAGCAUCUUUCCCGUCAAACCGGACGCCCCGCACGUGCGAGUUAAUCUCGCUUUCGCUAUCCCCAAGGACGGCGUCUCCGGACCUGGGACCUCGUUCCGUGUUGCCGGCCACCCGUUCGACGGAAUUCCCCGGAAGCAACGAUGGUUUCGUUCCUGAAGGCGCUGGUUUACGGGGCGGGGGGCGUGGCGGUGGUGGGGAUGGUGGCGCUGGUGGCGUUCCAGGAGCGACUGGUGUACGUCCCGGUGGUCCCCGGACUCGCCCGCGCCUACCCCUUCACCCCGGCCCGACUCCGGCUUGACUACGAGGACGUCUUUCUCCGGGCCUCGGACGGCGUCCGCCUCCACGCCUGGUUCAUCAAGCACUCCCCUCCGAAGCCAGGUCCAACGAUACUCUUCUUCCAAGAAAAUGCUGGCAAUAUUGCUCACCGUCUUGAAUUUGUCCGGAUAAUGAUGCAGAGGCUGCAAUGCAAUGUAUUCAUGCUUUCUUACAGAGGGUAUGGAGAAAGUGAUGGUCACCCAUCACAGCAUGGCAUUAUCAUGGAUGCUCAGGCAGCAUUAAAUCAUCUAACACAGAGAAAAGAUAUUGACACAUCAAGAAUAGUUGUCUUUGGGAGAUCUUUAGGAGGUGCAGUUGGAGCAGUGAUUGUAAAAAAUAAUCCUGAUAAGGUUUCUUCUCUUCUAUUGGAGAAUACUUUCACGUCUAUCUUGGACAUGGCUGGCAUUAUGUUUCCUUUCCUAAGAUGGUUUAUUGGCGGCAGUGGGUCAAAAGGUCCAAAGAUUCUCAAUUGUAUUGUACGCUCACCGUGGAGAACCAUUGAUAUCAUCGGCAAGAUUAAGCGGCCGAUUCUAUUUCUAUCUGGCUUGCAAGAUGAGUUGGUUCCCCCUUCACACAUGCAGAUGCUGUAUUCUAAAACUGUAGAAAAUAAUUGGGAUUGCAGAUUUGUAGAAUUUCCAAAUGGCAUGCAUAUGGAUACAUGGUUCUCUGGUGGAGAUAGAUACUGGAGAACAAUCCAGUUGUUUUUGGAUCAGUAUGUUCCUGAGAUAAAGGAGGGCAACUUGAACUGCCAAGUUGAUGAUGACAAGGAUGGUGAUGCAGCAGGAUGAUGGGCCAUGUUUGCUGUUGAAAAGCUCGUCAAACACUCGAAUAGUGUCCCAGAUGCUCCAGCAAUUUUAUUCUCUAAUGGGACCAUCAAUCAGGUUCAUUAUUCAGUUCACCCCGGCAAUUUAACUAAUUCUUCCUGUAAUUGCCCAGAAGGUGCCGAAUUUUGUCUCUGAUCUUGUCUCUUAAACCUUCACAAUAUUGACACAUAUUGUUACAUGAAAUGGUGCUGAAAUUUUGAUUUUUGCCGAGAUAAACAUUAUACUUGUAUUUUUGAACACAAUCAUCGGAAAGUAUAAGUUUUUCUUUUGGAUUCAACAUA